AUGGAAGAGGAUUUCGUUAUUGAUCGAACGCCGAUAGUAUCAGAUGCCACAGUUGUUCCGAAAAAACCAACUGAACCAAUCGAAGUCGAGCCAGAACCAUGUCCAUUUCAAGAAAUGUUGCCAGCAAUGAAUGAAAUCAGAAAAGCGCCAUCAGUUCAUAGUUAUGGGGGAGAUACAGAGAGUGAAUUUGAUUUAUCGGACGAUGAUAGUGAUUUUGGAACAGAUUUUCGAGCUGAUGCAUUGGAUUCUGAUGAAGAAUUCGAUAAAUUGAUCACGAUUUCGAGUAAAUUGAUUGAGAAGAUUCACAAGAAAGAGUACUCUGAAGAUGGUUCAAAUUCAGAAAAGAAAAAGCAAAAAGAAUUGAAGAAAGAUGUUUCGAAGAUAUCGCACGAAUAUGAUGAUUUGCCACCUCUUGAAAAUCUAUCAAUAACUUGUCAAAAAAGCACAUUGGUAGAGUUUGGAAAGGUUGAAAAAAUUGUUGAUUGUAUGGUUCUUAUUGAAUCAACUAGCAAUGAUGUUCUCGAUUUCGAUUCAUAUGUUUUUGAUGAAGAAGGAAAGGCUUUCGGGCAGAUUUAUGAUAUCUUUGGUCAAGUUAAAAAUCCAGGAUAUGUUGUGAGAUUCAAUACAUCGGAAGAGGCUUCAAUAACUCCGAUUGGAAUGAAAUUAUAUUAUGCUCCAGAUAAUGAAACAUAUUCGAAAACACCAUUUCGUGGAUUGAAUUUAGCAGCUGCGAAUCGGGAAACAUUGAUGAAAUUAAAUCAAAAAUUGGAUAGACAAUCAGAAAUCGAAAGAAAGAAAAAUAUGAUUGUUGGAGUUGAUAGUGAUAUUGAAUUUAGUGAUGAUGAAGCUGAAAAGGAGUUUAGAAAUAGUAAACCACAAAGUUCAAAUACCCAAGGACUUCCAAGAGAAAAUCGAAAAAGAGAUCGAAGAGGCGGUGGAACAGCAAGAGUUCGAUUUAAUAAUGAUUGCAAUAAUGGAGGAGUUGGAGGACAAAAUAGAAAUAUGAUGCAAGGAAAUUCACAAGGAAAUCAAUUUGGUAAGUUACUUUUUUGCGUGGCAAUUUGAAAAUUUUGUUCAAAAUAGAGGACAUGUUUUAAAAAAAUUAUUGACGUGAACGUGAACUUUGAUGUGGAUUUUUCAUUUUCACAUUUUGCACUGAUAAAAAAUCAUUUCCAAAUUUUACUGACAUGAAUAAUUUUUUAAGGUUUGAGAUAAAAAUAAGUUAGGCAAAUUAGCAGAAUAUUCGAAAGGGCAUGUUCUUAUUAGUAUUUUCCUUGAAGUAUUUUCACUAAAUGUUUCUCAAAUGUGAUGUGAAAAUUAAAUUGAUCUGAAAAAAAUUCCAAUUUCUCAAAAUUUCCAGCUCCUCGCCCAUAUCAAUCUUGGAAUUGGCAUAAUGCCAAUGCUCCUCGUCCAUACCGUCGCGAUUUCGAUGGUCCCGUCCAAGCUCUACCUAAUAAUUCCUCACCAGCUCCUGCUGCAACUCAGGCCCUCUCAAAUAAUUCUUCCGACACAAAUCCGUAUGCGGAAUUCGGAAUCACCGAUUCAUUUUCAGGAAGAUUUGGAGUUUAG